ACCAGGCUCAGGCUGAGCACAGCUUCACCCACGCAGCGGACACUAAUUCUUUUGCGGGCUCACUGAGGCUACACACAGGACCGAGUCAUGGAAAAAGAUGGAAGACCCAACUGGGACAGCCCCAUGCAAUUUGUGCUGGCCUGUGUAUCAUAUGCAGUCGGACUGGGAAACGUGUGGCGGUUUCCAUACCUCUGUCAAUUACACGGCGGAGGGGGGUUCUUAAUCCCGUAUCUCAUCAUGUUGCUUUUGGAGGGGUUGCCCUUAUUCUACAUGGAGCUCGCCAUUGGUCAGAAGAUGCGUUUAGGUAGCAUCGGGGCAUGGACUUCGAUAAGCCCGUAUUUGGGAGGAUUGGGGCUUGCUAGCGUUGUGACAUCCGUGUAUCUCUGUCUCUAUUACAACGUCAUCAAUGCAUGGAGUUUCUGGUACCUCUUUCAUUCAUUUCAAUCAGUCCUGCCCUGGGCAGUAUGCCCCAUAAAUUCAAACCGAACGGGACCUACAGAGGAGUGUGAGGUGGCUACACCCACCCAAUAUUUCUUCUACAGGGAAACACUGAACAUCUCUUCUUCUAUUGAAGAGAAUGGAGGCAUUCAUACAGGACAGGCGCUGUGUCUCGUGCUUGCCUGGGCAAUAACCUACCUGUUCAUUGUGCGAGGAGUAAAGUCAACAGGAAAGGUGGUGUACUUCACAGCUACAUUUCCUUAUCUGGUCCUGUUUAUCUACUUGAUUCGGGGUGUGACUCUUCAUGGUGCCAUCAAUGGCCUCAAAUACAUGUUCACACCCAAGAUGGCUGAACUUGCCAAUCCUAGAGCGUGGAUCAAUGCAGCCACUCAGAUCUUUUUCUCCCUCGGUUUGGGUUUUGGCUCACUAAUAGCCUUUGCUAGCUACAACCAGCACAACAACAACUUUCAGAACCAGGCCAUCGUUGUCUCACUUAUCAACAGUGGAACCUCUAUCUUUGCCAGCAUCGUCACCUUUGCCAUCUAUGGCUUCAAGGCUACUCUCAACUACGAGAACUGCCUGGACAGAAUGCGCCUUCUGCUGCUAAAUACCUUUGAUCUAGCAGAAGACGCCAUCAGCAUGGACAGCGUUCUCGAGUGGACUGAGAAGCUGAACACAACAUAUCCAGAGCAGUUUGCCCAAAUUGCCGACAAAGUAAGAGAGGGAGAGUGCAACCUGGAAAAGGAACUAGACACAGCAGUAGAGGGGACAGGCCUGGCCUUCAUAGUGUACAGUGAGGCCAUUAAGAACAUGCCUUUGCCCCAGCUGUGGUCUGUACUGUACUUCUUCAUGCUCCUGCUGUUAGGAAUGGGCAGCAUGUUGGGAAACGUUACAGCCAUCAUCACCCCGUUACGUGAUUUCAAGAUUAUGUCCCGCAUGAGCAACGAGUUGUUCAGUGGUUUGGUGUGUGUGUUUUGUCUGCUGCUGGGCCUGGGCUUCACCACCACCUCAGGGAAUUACUGGUUUACCAUAUUCAACGACUACGCAGCCACUUUCUCUUUGCUGUUCAUCGUCCUCAUUGAGGUCAUAGCUGUUAGUUACAUCUAUGGAAUUAAGAGGUUUGAAAAAGACAUAGAAGACAUGCUUGGUCAUCGUCCCAACUGGUACUGGAAAAUCAUGUGGGCAGUAACCAGUCCCUUGCUCCUUAUUGGCCUCUUUAUAUUUUACAUCAUUAACUACAUCCAAGGAGGGACACCUACUUACCAAGCAUGGAAUAAAGAGCGGGGUGAAUCAGCAGUGACGGAGUACCCCGUCUUUGGUCAGGUCUUCAUCGUGCUGCUGCUGGUGUCGUCAGUCAGCUGUGUGCCCCUCACAGCUCUGUAUGCCUUCUGCAGGAAGAGGAAAGAUCGAGCCUAUGAAAAGCGUCCAUCUGCUGUGAGCACAGUGUCAGUGUAGGGACCAAACCUGUCCUGCUUCCUGGACCUCUCCAUAUCUGCACUUCAGCUGAGCAGCAGGAGUACAGUAUUUCCUACCUAAUCCAGAGUGUGUGGUGUUUGAUUUGAGUUUCACCUUAGCGACGGCCCUUUUGGACUGUUUGUCUGCAAAAACGACGUCGUUCCAGUGUUGCCGUAGUAACAGCUUAGGCGACAUCAGACACAGGCCUUCUUUGUUCAGAAUACGCUCCAUAUUUCCUUUGAAUCUGUUGUAUUAUUUGUCUCAGUUUAAAGUCAGACGUCUGUCAGUACAUUCAGAAGAAUAUCCUCUAAAUCUCAGCUGUGGAACAUUAUUGCUCACAGAUGUAGUUUGUCUGACUGUCAGAUGUUUAAAUAUAGUUGUAAUUUGGUCAUUUGCUUGUUGUUAUUUUUCUAAAUAGUAGUACAGUAUUAUGAAUGUAUGUACAUAAGCUACUGUGAGUUUUAAAUGUAUUGUUUUAAUCAUUUUUUCCCAUCUUACACACUGUAAACAUGUUUUAAAGCAGUAGUGCACAGAAGUGAGCACUAAAAUAUCGUAGGCAUCAAAAAAGGAAGUCCUGUCCUAUCACACUAUAACAUCGCACUAUAGUGGACUUUUUAAAUUAUUUGGACUCGCCUGUUUCUGUCUAAUAAGAAUAGUGAUUGGUUAAAUUCUCACACACAUGCUAGAUUAGAGCCUGUGACAACAAUCUGAUUACAGAGGUCCUACUUUCUGUUUUGAAGUAUCUUUGAGCAAAGUGGUGUUUUUGCAUCACUACCAAAAAUGACACUUGAUUCAAGACUCGAGCUGGACCUGUUGGACUGCACAACAGAAAGCCGAGACGUAUCAAACCACAUCGGCUGAUUUCCUUUCUUUCUUUCUUUAAGGUAAAUAUGAUGGACAUAUCAGUCAUUGGGUUUUCCUGUCGUCGAAUUAGAGCUGGCACUGAAUUAUGUGUGUACGAAUUAUCUGCUUUCUACAGGAUUUUUGAUAACUAGUUUUUUAUUCAUUUUAAAAGGGCUGGCAGCUCAUUGUGAACCAAAAUACCUGUAUGAGUCAACAGUGCUGUGCCAAAACACAAUUGUAAUAAAAAAAAAAAUUUCUUUGUACAUUCCCAAAUAUGUCAAAUGUGUAUAUACUGUUGGAUAUGUGUCAUCGAAUGACCGAAUAAUUGGACUAAUCAAAAGUGUGAUUUUUGAUUUUUGUGCCAGUGAGUAAAUAAAUGAUGAACUGUUAGUUUUCUUGGACAUAAA